AAACAAAGCCAAACCAAAGCAGUGUUUUGUGACUUUGAGCUAUAUCGCCAAACCCAAAAAAAAAAAAGAGAGUCUGGUUUUCGCUUACGAGGUCCGUCUGACUUGAUUGAAGUGUGAGAAACAGAAAAGUGGGGCUGUGGGGGGAAGGAAAAAUCCCAAAUUGAAUUAGGGUUUAAGCUCAAUUUCAAUUUUCUAAAGAUUUCACCUUUAUUCACUUUUCUAUCCUAAAACAAUUCGUCAUACCCUAAUUUAUUCUGGGUUUUCUUCCUUGUAAUGAAAGCAUGACGAAGCGAUCCAAGCGGCGCUAUGCCCGUGAUCGAUCCCUCUCACCACCAUCAUCAUCAUUGAAGAAGCAUCAUAUUCAUCAUAGUCAUGGUAAGAGCCCUCAACGCCAAAUUCAUGAUUUGGGUAAGCGCCCAAAUUUUGUUUCAUAUCUUGAAUCUCCAAAUUUACCUCCUAAAAUCAAAUUAAUCUGUGAAAUAGUAGCAAAUACUCCAUCUCCAUCAAUUGAGAAAGUUUUAGAUGAUAAUGUUAUAAGGGUAUCUCAGGAAGAUGUUGAACAAGUUCUUAAAUUGUCAUAUGGGUAUCCUGCUGCUGCUGUGAAGUUCUUUAGGUGGGCAGGGUACCAAUUGAAUGAUAGACAUAGCCCGUAUGCUUGGAAUUUAGUUGUAGAUUUGUUAGGGAAGAAUUCAUUGUUUGAUGCAAUGUGGGAUGCUGUUAAGUCUAUGAAGGAAGAAGGGCUUCUUUCGCUUGCGACUUUUGCUUCGGUUUUUAGUAGUUAUGUGUUAGGGAAUCGUGUUGAUGAGGCGUUUAUGACGUUUGAGGUCAUGGAUCAGUAUGGUGUUCCUAGAGACGUUGUGGCUUUGAACUCGCUUUUGAGUGCAAUUUGUAGGGAUGAGAAGACAGCGAAAGCGGAUGAGUUUUUGAGGGUUGCUAAGGAUAAGAUUCGGCUGGAUGCUGAUUCGUUUGCCAUUUUGCUAGAGGGGUGGGAGAAGGAAGGGAAUGUAGCUGGUGCUAAGCAGACUUUUGGAGAGAUGGUGGUGGAGAUUGGUUGGGACCCUAGAAAUGUACCUGCUUAUGACUCGUUUUUGUGCACAAUGAUCAAGGCUCCGAGUGGAUUCCAUGAGGCCUUGAAGUUCUUGACCACCAUGAAGGAGAGGAGGUGCUCCCCUGGGGUUAAGUUUUUCGGAUUUGCCUUGGAGGAUUGUGUGAGGAAGAGCGAUGCUCGAGGAGCUGCCUUGCUUUGGGAAGCAAUGACAGUGAGGAGUGAUUUUAGGCCUGACACUCAAAUGUACAACAUGAUGAUAUCUCUGCAUUGCCAACUUGCUAACUAUGAUAUAGCAAGAAGGUAUUUGGAUGAGAUGGUGUAUGAUGGUGUUUACCCUGAUUCAAAGAGCUAUAAUACUUUGCUUCAGUGCCUACUUAAGAAUCGGAAACUUCAUGAGUCAUCAUCUCUAUUUACAGAGAUGGUGAAGAAUGAGUGUUUUCCAACCCAAGCAAAUUGCAUUGCUGCUGUCAGGCAUUUCUUGGAUUCUGGGGAUCCUUACAUGGCUAUUAAGGUUUGGAAAUUCAUGGUUGAGAAUUUUCAUUCAGACUUGGAAGAGACUGGGAAUUUUUUGGUAUCAGGGCUUCGUGAUUGCAAUAGAGUUCAGGAGGCAGUUAAGUAUGCGGAAGAUAUGAUUGACCGCAAGCUGAAGUUGAGUUCAUCAACACUGGCAAAACUGAAACAGAGCCUUGUAAAGGCAGGAAAGGGUCCUGUUUAUGAUGAACUGUUAAGGAAGUGGAAACUCCGUUAGGUUGGUUAUCAUUCACCGCAUACCCUUAAGCAGUCUAAGGGUUAAUCUACGGCUUUGGAGCCUCUCUUCUGUUGCAAGUGUAAGAUUGUAUAUGCUUAGAUACUCUUUGACUUGCCAUAGUGGGGAGCCUUUAGAAGCACUGGCAUCAUGUUGAUCCGUUGAUGUUGAUCUGCUCAUGUUAAUGUUGAUGCUGAUGUUUUGAUGUUAUUGUUGACAUUGAUGCUGUUAAAACAGGAUAAACCACGGAACCUGAACACUUGUGUUGCCCUCUCCAAACUUUUUUCUGAAGCUACAUCAAGUACUCGAAACUGUUCAAUAAUAAUGAUUUUAUGGUGGUAUAUUUCUGAAAGAAAGGAAGAAGAUUAUUGUUACUUUCUGUUCUUCCUCAUUUUUUGCACAUAGCUUGAACGUUGACGUAUCUCCUGUGCCCCCUCAAUUGCUGUUCUUUACCGAAUAAUAGAGUUAGAGUUGUCUCGAGUCCUAUAUGCUCGAACUAUUGGUUUUGAA